AGAAGCCAAAACGUGACCGAGUUCCUGAAAUCUAAGCAAGCCGUGAAGGGUGCCCUCUUGUAGAAGAGGAACGGCAAGAUACAUAGUAUGGUAGGAGGAGCGCGGCCGAGUGCCAGGGCGUCCAUGUGGUUAUCCGGAGGAGCCAGCGCAAAGUGUGGAGGGAAGAAAGGGGAGGGAAGUGGUGGAACUGGAAAGAAGUAACUGUUGCCAUUUGCGGAAAAAAGAAAGAAAAACACCAGAGGGAGAAGAAGAACCAGAAGAAAAGAAGGCACCCUGCUGCGUAAUCAAGUAUCUCUCUCUCUCUCUCUCUCGUGGUUCGGAUAUGGCGGAUGCCCGAACGGUGGGAAGUGUCGAGUUCGAGUCGGCAGUGGAAGAGGAGGACGAGGAGCUUGUUAGCCAGCGGUCGCCCUUCACACUCCUGCAGUCCUGUGAGGAGCCACCGUCGUCAUCUCCGGCGGGGAUGUCGUUGGCGGCGGCAUCAGCGUCAGGUGGCGAGAUUCAGGGGCGCGGUCGGUUGCAGCUGCCCAUUGUGGCCAUACUCGUAGCUGCUCUCAGGAAGUCGGUGGUGAUCUGCAGCGUCGAACCGGAGGAGGCCUGCGCACUGGACAUCGGUCGGCCAACGGACGUCCGGCACGUCUCGCACGUGACCUUCGACCGGUUCAACGGGUUCCUCGGCCUCCCGGUGGAGUUCGAGCCCGAAGUCCCCUGGAGAGUCCCCAGUGCCAGUGCCAGUGUGUUCGGGGUUUCUGCAGAGUCGAUGCAAUGUUCUUAUGAUGCGAGGGGGAACAGCGUCCCAACAAUUCUAUUAAUGAUGCAAAGGCGUUUAUAUUCACAAGGAGGGCUUCAAGCAGAAGGUAUCUUUAGAAUCAAUGCAGAGAAUGGUCAGGAGGAAUAUGUCAGAGACCAAUUAAACCGGGGAAUCGUACCAUAUAAUGUUGAUGUGCACUGCCUUGCUGGUUUGAUAAAGGCUUGGUUUAGGGAACUUCCAACGGGCGUAUUAGACACCCUUUCACCGGACCAGGUGAUGCAUUGCAAUACCGAAGCAGACUGCAGCCGACUUGUCCAGUUAUUGCCACCAACAGAAGCAGCACUUCUCGAUUGGGCCAUCAAUCUGAUGGCUGAUGUUGUGGAGAACGAACAUCACAACAAGAUGAAUGCGAGGAACAUAGCAAUGGUAUUUGCACCCAACAUGACUCAGAUGGCUGACCCUUUAACUGCACUGAUCCAUGCUGUGCAAGUGAUGAACUUCCUCAAGACCCUUAUACUGAAAACUAUCCAGGAAAGGGAGGAAUCUGCUGCAAAAGAGAGGGAGUUAUCCUUCCACCCAGAGUCCCCGAGUGGUACAGACUGUUGUGGUUCAUCAAGACCAAUGACUGUAACAGGGGGAGCAUCUACUGAUAGUCGUUUUCAUGAUGAAUCUGUUUUGGACAUGUUCUUAAGAAGCACUGACUGUGGAUGUUCGAGUGAUGCUGAUGAUAGUUUUGGGAGCUUCCCGGAGAAGUAUGAUGCUGAUGACGAAAGUGGCCUCAUGUCCACAGAAGGAUCACCUAGAAGAUCUCAGGUAUCAGCCAUCGAUGGUGGACGCACUGGCAGAUUUAGUAACAGAGAUGUGGAAAGCUUGUUAGAUAGACUGAAUCUGAGAAAGGGGGUGAGAAAAAUUUGUAUGCGUCCUGCAUUUAACAUGAGCAAGGCAGAAAAAAAAGGCAGUGCAUUUGGAAUUGUAGACUCAACGAAGGUGGGAAGAGAAGAAGCGUGGUGGGCUUGAGCCGCAAUGUGAGAGGGAAUGUGGUUUCUGUAUAUUUAUUUGUUGUGGGGGUGUUACGUUUGUGCGUCCUGUUCCUGUAUUUUACUGUGUUUGUAACCUGUGGUUGGAUUCAUGAGGACCCCAGUCCGGCAAAUAAAUGCAAAACCAUGGACUGGUGUUUGGCGGUUCAACGAUCCCCUGUAUGAUGUAUUCUUUAUUCCACGCAUGUUAAUGGAACGUGAAUCUUAGUGACUGGCA